AUGACGGGACUACCUAAAAGGUUAAUCCGUCUGCUUGUUUAUUUUAUAUCAUUUUUAUUCAUUGCAGCAAUAUUGUUAUUGAUUGCCAAUAAACAUGAGUAUAUCGAAAUAGCGAAUUUCAUUCCAGAACUGUUUUUAAGUAAAGCACCUUCAUAUUUCCAACCUCCUUCCGAUCUGUUCAUUGUUGAUAUUUCCAUUAGUAAUUGUUUCAGGAUAAAUAAAAAUGGAGAGAGUUGUGGGGUUCCAAAUGCUGAUCUGGGAGUUUUGGGUGAUGUAGGGAAAUUGGGAGGUUGGUCGAGGAUUAAUAAAGAUAUCGCAUUAGAUAAAUCUUGGGUUAGACAGCAAUUUUUUGCUUAUAAGAAGGUGAGCCAUAAAUCUUUAUCACAAUUUUUGAAAGAGACUAAUAAUAAAGAUGAAGUUAUUAUUGAUAUUGCUGUUGCAAAUCCAAAGGAAGAUUCAAAAAUCAAGGGUAAUACAUUGAUGUUACCAAAAUAUAUCAUACGUACAUACGGAAAAACUGAUAUUUAUGCUGAUGAAGAAGAGGCAGAAGAAGAUCUUAUUCAAGAAGAAGCUGGCGAGAAGCUAAAUGAUAUUACUCAAGAAAAGCUUGAAGAAGAAAAGGAGAAAGAAAACGAGGACACAGCAAUUACUGAAGAAGAGAGAGUUAAAGAAGAAGGAAAGAUUGCGAAAGAAGAAGAGGCAAAAGAGGAUAAAAAGAAAGAAGAGAUAGAAAAUGAAGCGGAGAAGGUCAAGAAUACCGAAAAAUUAAAAGAAUUCGAAAAGGGGACUUCUCCAAAAGAAUUUGAAGAGAAAAUUGGACCCCAGGUACCAACAGUAGAUGAAAUAAAAGACAAAGAGCCGCUAGUUGCUAAUGAAGAGCAAGAAAAAGAAGAAAAGGAAAAAGAGAAUGAUGACAAGCCAAUCCAGAAACCUGUCAAGAAAAGACAAGAUACUCAAAUAAAGAGAGAAGCAGAUCCUUCCUCAAGAUAUAUCCCUACCAAAGAAGAAGUUGCUUCUGCAGGAUGGAGACAGAAAUCUAACGGGAUUUGGUUAAGAUAUGGCUCUCAUUCGACCAAAAAUCCCAUUACGGGAAUCGACCUUUUAUUUGGCCAUGAAGCAGUUGACCCAAGACCUAACUGGACACUCCUCAAAAACCCUUUGCGUGGUCUUUCCAACCCGUCUGAUAUUCCCGUGUUUAUAACAUUCCGUCGUGGUCCAAAGCUUGACUAUAAGAAGAAAUAUCCCAUUUCAUUAAAGUUGAAAGUCAAUGAUAAAUUCAAAAUCCUUCAAGUGGCAGAUUUACAUUUCGCCACAGGAUAUGGGAAAUGUCGUGAUCCAUCCCCACAACUGACUGGAGGUCGGAAUUGUCGAGCAGAUGCCAGAACCUUGAAAUUCUUGAAUAAGGUAUUAGAUAUAGAAAAACCUGAUUUUGUGGUGUUGACUGGUGAUCAAAUCUUUGGAGACAAUUCACCUGAUUCCGAAUCUGCAGUUUUCAAAGCAUUGAAUCCAUUUAUUGAACGAAAGAUCCCGUUUGCUGUUACUAUGGGGAAUCAUGAUGAUGAAGGUUCAUUAUCAAGAGAUGAAGUAAUGGCAUUGAGUGUCGAUUUACCAUAUUCUGUUUCUGCUGUCGGACCGGUUGAAAUUGAUGGGGUUGGGAAUUAUGUCGUGACUGUAGAAGGAAAAUCUUCAAAAGAGACUGCAUUGGCAUUUUACUUUUUGGAUACUCAUAAAUAUAGUCCUAAUAAUAAAGUUUUCCCAGGAUAUGAUUGGAUUAAAGAUAAUCAAUUGAAUUUUGUCCUUGAAGAAUAUGCCAGUUUGAAAUCUAGUAUUGAAUCAUAUGGCAAAACAUCUAUGUCAAUGGCAUUUUUCCAUAUUCCAUUACCGGAAUAUAGAAAUUUCAAUAAUCAACCUUUUAUAGGUGAGAAUAGAGAAGGGGUGACUGCUCCAUAUCAUAAUUCUGGAGCUAGAGAUACAUUAGCUGAAAUAGGGGUGAAAGUUGUAAGUGUAGGUCAUGAUCAUUGUAAUGAUUAUUGUUUAAUGGAUACGCAAACCGUUGAUUCAACCCAGAAUCAAAUGUGGCUUUGUUAUGGUGGAGGUGUUGGAGAAGGUGGAUAUGGAGGAUAUGGUGGAUAUGUUAGGAGAUUGAGAAUCUUUGAAUUAGACACUGAUAAAGGAGAGAUAAAGAGCUGGAAGAGAAGAGAAGAUGAUCCUGUUAAGAUCAUUGAUGAACAGAUUCUAGUUACUGGUGGAGAAUUAGUGAAUUGGUAG